AUGAGCAGCAAAACGAUGCAUUCAUCGGAAUGUUUUGAGUCGUGUUGCCAAUGGUGUUUUCGGCCAUCCUUGAGUUUACAGCCGGAAGCUGAGCACUUUAUUCCUAAGGAUGUGCCGAAAGGACAUAUGGUAGUGUAUGUUGGACAAGAUCAAAAGAGGUAUGUUAUCAAAAUUACCUUGCUUAAACACCCGCUUUUCCGAGCUCUGCUAGACCAGGUUCGAGACCAGCAUGAUGACUCCACCACACCGCCAAGGCUGUGGAUCCCGUGUGAUGAAACCGUCUUUCUCCAUGUCAUCCGAUGUGCCCGGUAG